AUGGAGAGGAUGGAGCUUUCGGCGGUCCUCGAAUGUUCAUUCCAUCCCGUAGUCACUGUACCACCGUUCCGUUCUUUGGGGUAUUCAGGUCAUCUUUUAGGACAUGGUAGUAUAGUACUACCACCCAAGAUCAGUUGUGUUAUUGAGAAUGGCUGGUGUCCAUGGGUUAGUGGUACUAUCCUUUCCGCUCAGACGAAACGAGACAAAUGUAUGCGGCCUCAGUCGGUUACCCCUCUCCAAUUCUUUUGGGUGGUUGGAGAAAGCUCGACGUCUGCUUGGACAACUGAAAUUCCAACAGGAAGGGGGAGAGCAUGGCCUCGCAUUUUCUUUAUUCCAAUGGAUCCCCUGGUUUUGUUGGCACAUCCGCGAAGCCGCAUAGAUGGACCCUUUGCACUCGAGGAACUUGGGGACCGAAUUGCCAGUUUCUCUGAAUUGAACACGCUGGGUGAUUUUAGCAAGUUAACUACAGAGUACUUAUUUUCACUUCGACUUUGGGGACAGAGAGUGGAAUCACUCGCCAAGGCCAAGAACAAUCAAUUCAAUCAUGGCGGGUUCGCUCUUAGAAGCUCCAUAGAAGGUCAUUGGAUGGGAGAAUGA